AUGUCUCAAUCUCAGGUUACAGUUCACUCUACUGAAAUUGAUAUAACGGAUCUGCCCACGAAGUCGGUAACCUUUGCUCCGAACAGGGCUACUGUUACUCGGGAGAUUGAAAACAUUCAAACCAAGUUGGGCGCAAAUGAGAUCAUCAUCUUAGGACUUGAUCCCGAUAUCGACCCCGACUCUGUCCGGGUAGAAGGCUACGGCCUGGCAACCAUCACCGACACUCAGACAGAGAUUGUCCCUCGGAAGCAGCAAUUCGAGGAUCAAUUUCCCGAUCUUGUAGAAGACGAUGAAGAUGAAUCCGAGGAUAACUCAACGCUCUCCGACGACGACUACGGGGUCGACAGAACUGCUUUCGAAAAAGCAAAGUCAGAACUAAAAUCAGCAGAAGCAACUCUAGCUCGUUACCAGAAUAGACAAGACACUGCUGUCAAGGUCCUAAGUUUUCUGGAUCACUACGGCCAGAGCAUUAAAGCUGAGGAGGUGGACGUCACUAAAAUGACUGACUUUUUGACUGUCUACGGCGAGCAACGUGAACAGCAGAGCGAAGCACACAUAUCAACAUCCGCAGGUAUUGCUCUAUGGACUGAAGAGGUGGAAGAGGCUCGUAAAAGGUUCAAUCGUGCUGAGGCGGCUUUCAAAAAGGCAAAAGAUGCUGCCUCGCGCGAAAUUCGUCGACAAAGGGAGAAGAAACAGCGCGAGAAACAGCAGAAACGACGAGAGAAGCAACGUAUUAUCCAACAACGACGCAGGUUCUGGACACAUAACGUGGGACAGGUUGUCGUCUGUCUCGAUCGUGCAUCUGAAUUUACACCUGCUUCAAGUAGGAGGCAGUCUAUUACAUCAGUCACUGGACCAGGAGUUGAUUCUACGCCGUCUAAACCGCUUGACGAGGAUCACAUUAACCUUCGACUCACAUAUGUAGUACCCAGUGCUAGAUGGGCACCUCGCUAUGAACUCAAGAUUAGCACCCCAAAAUCUUCAGCAGACUUGGUGUAUCGUGCGGAGUUUGAAAAUACCACCUCGGAGACAUGGAAAAAUGCUAAGAUAACUUUUUCCACAUCGCAGACCUUUUUCUCCGGGCUGGACGAGAAAAUUCCGAUUUUGGAUCCCUGGCACGUAAAACUCGGAAGCGUAGUCGGAACGUUUACAAAAAAGGAUGUUCCUACCAGCAGUGUUCAGAGCAAGAAAGAGAUGAUGGCCAAUAAUGUCGGACCAUUCCACGAAUCUAAGAAAAUGAGAACAGGUGGGUUAUUUGGUGCUUCCACCACUUCUCCUCCGGCCUUUGGCUCUGUUAAUGCUGCUGGGCUUUUUGGUUCUAACAAUACCGGUGGAGCAGCAUUUGGAAAUACCAAUCCGGCCAAUGUUAAUCUUUUUGGCAGCGCACCAACACAACAGCAGGUGCAACAACAGCAACAGAUAAUGCGACGAGCGCAGCAGAUACAACAGAUGCAACAGCAUCAGCCAAACCAAAUGGCACAGGCACAUAUCAUGCCACGAGCGCUACCGCCUAUCGCGAGUUCGAGUCAUGCGAGAGCAGCACCAGGGAUUGCUUUCAGAAAAGCUCCUACAAGUGCAGCUGACGACUCAGAUAACGAAUCUGAAGACGAGGCUGAUGAGUUAACACUAAACCCAGAAGACCAUUCAAUCGCACAUCAAGAUUCAAUUCGUCAAGACUAUGGUCUUACUACAACAUAUGAUCUCCCGGGACAGCGGACUCUGGAGCCAUCGACAGUUCAGCGACGCCACGUUAUCGCUGAACUCCAUCUUGCCUCUAUCAUUCUAUCUCACGUUCUGAUUCCUAAACUCCGACGUGCAGCCUUCCUCAAGGCACGAAUCACCAAUACCACAGCAGUCAGUCUGCUCCGAGGCAAGGCCGGAAUGACUGUUGAUGGUACAUUUUUGGGGUCAACUACACUCCCAAGCUGCGAGCCAAGCCAUUUCAUCGAUUUAUCCCUUGGUGUUGACCCAUCUAUAUUGGUAUCGUACGCCAAACCAACAGCCCGUCGAGCAACAACGGGGUUCUUCAGCAAGGAGGACUCGACUAUUUUCACGCGUAGCUGUUGGAUCAAGAACACCAAAAAGAGCGAAGUCUCGAUUAUCGUACUUGAUCAGGUUCCCGUCAGUGAAGACGAAAACUUGCGCAUCAACAUUCUGCAGCCAAAGGGACUGGACAAGGAGAAUGAUACGGCAAAUCUGAACGAACUGUUUAAGAAAGGGGAGAAUGGCAAGGGAGAUGUUCUACUAGGAAAGGAUGGUCAGAUCAAAUGGAAUAUCAAACUGCGACCAGGCAAGGACGUCAAGUUGGUGCUGGAAUACGAGAGUCGUAUCCCCAGUGGGCAGCAGAUUGUUGGACUGGACUAGGUUUUACUGUUGUAUCUAUCUAUCUGUCGAAUCUCGAUUCCAAGUAUGUAUAUUUGACGAAUAUCGCACUAUAUAGUUUUAUCGUAAAUAAAUUUCACUGCAUUGAAAUGAAUUUC